GACCAAUCAUUUUGCUAGGAGCUCACCACACAGCAGCCCAACUGUACUUUGUUGGCUAGGAAGUUGGAGAAAGGGGUUGAGUACAAAUCUAGAUCUGUCCUAUAUAUUUUUUUCCCUUCAUUGAACCGUGCUUUGUAUGAUGUCUGAGAAUGUCCAUUUCUGGAACUCUUAGCAAUUAUUAUGUCGACUCUAUUAUAAGUCAUGAAAGUGAAGAUUCGCCUUCAGCUAAAUUUUCAUCUGGGCAAUAUACGAGUUCCAGGCAAGCUGGGCAUAAUGAGCAUCUAGAAUUCCCCUCUUGUAGUUUUCAGCCAAAACCGCCAGUUUUCAGCGCCUCUUGGACUGCUUUGAAUCCACAUUCUUCUGGUACCCUUCCUUCGGUCUAUCAUCCAUAUAUUCAACAUCAAAGCGUCCCUUCUGAUAGCAGGUAUCUACGGAGCUGGCUGGAUCCAGUACCCAGAGCAGAGAACAUACCCGGGCAGGGAUCAGUUAAAGCAGAACCGCUGCUGGGGCACCCCGGGGAAGUGCAUAAACAGGGAACACAGGAGUACAAUUUAGAAACUUCUGCUGGAAGGGAAGGGAUCGUUUCCACUCAAAGGCCCAGCUUCGAGGACAAUAAAGUUUGUGAAGGAAGCGAGGACAAAGACAGGCCAGAUCAAACCAACCCCGCUGCUAACUGGCUGCACGCCCGCUCCUCUAGAAAAAAGCGAUGCCCCUACACGAAAUACCAGACGCUGGAACUAGAGAAGGAGUUUUUGUUCAAUAUGUACCUCACCAGGGACCGCAGACACGAAGUGGCCAGACUCCUCAACCUGAGUGAAAGACAAGUCAAAAUCUGGUUUCAGAACCGCAGGAUGAAAAUGAAGAAGAUGAACAAGGAACAGGGCAAGGAGUGAACCACAGCAAAGCCCCUCUGCCCCCUCCCCGCCCCGCGGUCCACUCCCUAGGCCCCUUUCCCAGCUGAUGCUGCCAUCCUGCCCCAGUGCUGAGAAAUAAACAAUGACCGUGGGCUUUUU